AGCCCAGUAGGUCUUGGGGAGUGUGUGUGCCCGUCGGUCUCUCUCCGUCAGACAGGUGCUGGAGACAAGCCCCGAAGAACGUAAUAAAUCACAAUUCUAACUGGCGAUCUCCGGCAACCGAAGCAACGAGAUCAUUUCAGGAACUUUGAAAAUUAUCCUUGAGAAGCCAUUUGUCUUGUACCGAGAACAAGACUGAAGGCCAGAAAGUGAGGUUGUGAGGGCGAGGAGUGAGCUUGCACCAGCCUCGGCACACCAGGGUAGCAGCCGGCCUCAUACAUCAGGGGGUCGUGGCGUCACACCAACGGGGCAAGUCCAAGAGUCGAGGAGACAAGACUUCCGAGGAUGGCCAAGCGAGCCUGGCAGUCCAUUAUCAGGCGCAAAAACAAGGCCCGUUCCGACUUUGGAGGGGUGGCUAGCCUCUCUGCCGCCAAGGAGGAAGAGGAGUGUGUGACGCUUAGGAACUGUGAAUCUCGACGGUCUGAUGAAGCUGGUCGCUGCGACGACUCUAAGCGGUUCACCAUUAACCUCGGGGUGGAGGACUUGCCUGCCGUACCCCGCCCGGAGUCAAUUGCCAGGUACCGCACCGACGACGAAGUGGGCGUCGUCACCAAGACGAGGAGCAGUCUGCGGCUCUGCUCUACUUCAGGCGACGAGGAGGAUUUUGCGCCAUUCCUCUUGCGGGAAUACCUCCGCAAGGAAGAUGCCGAGAGGCUGGGUGUGCACAUGAGAACAGACACGCGAUGGCUGGACAAGGAAAACCGACUUCGGGAGAGGAGAAAGUCCCUUUUUGCGAUGCAAGAAGAAUCGGCGUCACGUACGUCCGAGUUAAAGAGGAAGCUGGAACCGCAAACAAAAAGUGCAUUUUAUUAUUCUUUACCUCGCCUUAGUGACACCUCCAAAGAAAACAUACCUCCUUUGGCUGACGUUACUGCUGAAGACACUGAACCAGUCUUCGAAGAGGGCACAGUGAAUUCGAUCGCUGUGAAAAAUGUUAAUGCCUUGCCCUCCACCGACCUGCCCAGGAAGCGUCAGGACAUAAAGCUCAGUUUGGCCACACAAGCUCUCAUAGCUACUUGUACUGAUGGCUUGCCGUCUCCAGUUGAGCGCCCGCCUGUGCCACCUCCCAGAAGGAAGCGGGAUGCCAGGAAGAGAGCCGGCAUGGUGCAGAAUAGUGACCCAAGUGGUCCCUCAGCACCUGGUACUCCCUACACUAGUGAUAUUUCAGCUCCUGGCACCCCGGAAAAGUUUGCUGCUUCAACCCCAGUGCAUCAGAGUUCUGACACCCAAAAUACCACUUCAGUAUUCCCCGUCUUGCUGCGUAAUCACUAUUCUUCAGAAACCCUAGAGAGUCCGCUAACACCUACCUCACCAUUAUCUCCAGACAGUGACUCCUCCACUAAGUCCUUCCUGAUGCCGCCAUGCCUAUUGAGUCCUGUCACCGAGAGGUCCAAGAAGUCUCUCACUCUGGACAACAGAAGCAAGCGGAAAAGCCAGGAGGCGAAAGGGGCAUCGCAGGUGUACAAACAGCGUAGCUCUGAAGACUUGGCUCAGGCCCGAAAUCGAGCAGGACUGCGAAGGAGCAUCAGCGACUAUGGAAACUUUUCCCCAAAGGACUUAACUGUUAACAAGGCGCGGAGGACCAUCAGCGAUGCAGAUACUAAGAGGGAUAAAGAUUCCCUGUCCUUCCGGGACCGGCUGUUCCGUGGAAGCACUAAGGAGAAGGGCUCCAAGAGUCUGCCGUCUAGGACUUUCCAACGCAUCAAGAGUGUGAGAAAGCAGGGAUCACGACGAAGGAAGGAAAGCUCCGGCUACAAAUCUGACGGCGAUGAAGGUUAGUUGAUCUGUCAGAUUUUGUACAUUUUGUCCGAUGUGUAAACAGUAGUCACGUGCUGGUGCACUUCUUUGUGCUUCAUCUGGUAACAAUUACCGGGUGUCUUCCUGUGACCAUGGCUGGCUGUACUUUCCUGUUUACCAUGUGUCCAUGUCACUGCCCUCGGCAACUCUUUGGCUGUACAUUCACUCCUGUUUGCUUUGUGCUGGCGCAUGUUGCCUCCCUCAGCGUCGCCGGCUCCUGAAAGCCACCUGUGCUUCGCUCACAAUUUACCCAUCAAUUUACAUGAUAUUAGGUUCCUUCAACAGUAAUGCAUUCUUAUAUAUAAUAUUUAAGCACGGAAUGACAAUUGGACACGGAGACUGGCUCAAGCUCUGCAUAUAGCAGACUAUAGUCAUAACACUUGGUCAGGUUCCCCCUCUGUUAUUGUGUGUCUGCCAUGGUCCACGACUCAAUACCGCUAUGAUGGAACCAUUGUAGGCCUGUUAAUAUACUGCAGAAUAUUUUGAUUGUGUGUUGCUUUUUGUUUACUUUGGUUCUCUUGUGCACAGCGGCCGUGGUGUCGUGUGUG